AUGAAACUUUGUAAAAGAUGCACAUUCCAAAAGUAUUGUUCAGUUGAUUGUCAAACGAAAGAUUGGCCAAGACACAAACCUAACUGUGUCAAGAGAGAAACAAUUAAAAACUGUCACACUAAAUGCCCUGUAGACCUAAAAACCUCUCCUAUAUGUGCAAAUUGCAGGAGAGAAAACAGUUUCCUUCAAUGCAUACAUUGCAGUAGAGUUUAUUAUUGUUCCCAACUUUGUCAAAAGAAAGAUUGGACCAAACAUAAGACUUUUUGCAAAGUACACAAAUUUAAGGAAAAGAAUGAAACAUUGAGCGCCAUCGAGUGUUCCCAGCUAGGUCUUGUGACACCCGAAGAGCACAGAGGAAGGAAUCCAAACGACUCUAAAUGUUCUCUCUCGCCAGAAUGGAUGUCAGGAGAAUAUUUUAACAAUUUUACCUGCAAUCAUUGUGAAAAUAACACCUGCAAAACUUCAUGUCCUUUGUGUAAAGCUGUUUUCUACUGUUCGGAAACAUGCAGAAAUCUAGAUGAACCAAAUCACAAGAAAAAUUGCGAUUAUUUUCAGUUCUAUGAAAUGACCAUCUACGAUCGCGAUAUCUCUUUUAGAUGUGUGUCUAGUAAUCCGAACUCUAUCUAUUCACCAAAACAUGCCUUUUUUGACCAUAUGAAGAAUCCUAUGCUUGUGAGAGAUGGCGCAGAUUUAACAUUAAUUGUCGAACGAACACCUGAAUCAGUGAAGACUGCCGUAGAAAAAUCAAAAGAAUUGUUUCCAGCUUUUAGUUUGAUAACCCGACUUCGAGAAAUACCUCUUGAGAAAACAACUUUAAGAGAAUCCAAUAUCUGUACCAUUCCAAAUAUGUUUUUGUUGUAUAUAAGAAGAUUCCACGACUACCGAGGGCGGCAUAACGUUUAUCUACAGGAUUCGGAUAGAUGGGAGAUUUACGUGAGCUUUUAUUUACCCAACGACGAUCCAACUCCAUACUUUGAAUGGAACGAUUUGGUGCCAGGAAAAUUCAUCGUCAUCUUGUUUCCAUGUAUCCAUUUCUUCCGUGAUGAAACUGUCGGAAUACGUGUAGACAAACCGAAAAACGUUAAAGUCCUUGAUGUGUAAG